AUGCCCUGGGCAGCACCAAAGCUGUUUACAACUUGCCUUGAGAAAACAUUUAAGAAACUGAAAUGGAGAGGAAAGGGCAUCGAAAUAGAGGACGAGCAUUUAAACAAUCUAAGAUUUGUAGACAGUACUGUCCUCUUCAGCGAAUCAGCAAAUGAACUACAAGUCAAUCUGAAUGAGAUGAACAGGAAAAAGAGUAAAGUCAUCUUCAACAGUAGAAUUCAGUUUGAACAGAUACAUGCACAGGGUGAAUCAUUUGAAGUAGUAGACGAGUAUAUAUUUCUAGGGACACUCAUACAGAUAAACACACCUGGAGGAGAGCAACAUGGGAAGAGAACAGACCAAACUGGAAGACAAAUGGAGAAAUGGCAAGGACAAUGGCAAUGUCUUAUAUUUCGGAGAAGGACGACAGAUGGACAAAGAAAGUAA